AUGGGCAACGGCCUCUCCCCGUGCGUGAGCAUGCCGGCCACGGCCCCCACGGCCGUGAGGCUGGUGUACUGGGGCGGGCAGACGCGGGUGCUGCUCGUUAACGAGGAGGACGACAGCCUCGACGGCGAGGGAUGCUCCACGGCGGGGGACGUGGCGGCCGAGCUGCACCCGCCCGGCGUCCACGUCGUGUGCCCGUCCGACUGCUUCUUCGUCGGCCUCCCGAUCCCAAUCACGCCGCCUACCGAGCGGCUCCUGCCCGGGCGCACCUACUUCGUGCUCCCCGCCGCGCGCCUCUCCCCCGGCUGGCCGUCCGACAAGGCGCCGCCGGUGCUCACCGCCGCCACGCUCGCCGCGUUGUCGGGGGGCGAGAAGCGGUUGUCCCUCGCCGGCCCCGGCGACUGCCCCUUCGAGUACGUCAAGGGCGGCGCGGCCCCGCUCAUCCGGGUCCUCCCGGAGUUCAUCGAGAAGGUGAUCACCUGCGACGGUGCCAGUGACGGCGCUGUCCGGCGCGGCAAGUGCGGCGUCGCGGCUGCCGCGGCAUCGGCCACGGAGCUGUGCAGCACGCCCGAGCUCAAGAGGCACUACGCGCAGCUCGUCGGGCCGAGGACCCGGCCCUGGUCCUGA